GAAUUUAGGAAAUGCGUAAAUAUUGGUGUAUCUGGCAUCUCUCAAGAUCUUCGCUCAUCAGAUAUAAACAGUCACAGGAACGUCGGUCAGCACAGAUCACACAUAACUUCAUUCAGUGUAGCAUCAACACUACAGUCAGCUGAGCCAAAAUGAAAUUCUUCAUUGUCGCCUCAUUCUGCGUGGCAGUUGCUCUUAGCCAGAAUGUGAUUCAGCCAAAACCAGAUGUUCGAAAUCUGCCUGCUGAAGUCCGCAAAGAGGCUCCAGGUCAAUGCUACGGAUUUACUGCCAAAAAGGCCUUCGCCGUUGGCCAGUCGUGGCCCCUGGGUCCCUUCUGUGGAAGAGCCACCUGCAUUCAACAUGAAGGCAAACUCUUCGAAAAGGUGGAAGACUGUGGCUUUGAGCCCAAGCCAUCUCCCGGCUGCAGAGUCAAGAACGAAGCCGACCAAGCUAAGCCAUACCCAGCCUGCUGCCCCGUGUACGAGUGCCAGCCAGGUGCCACCCUCCAGUACCCAACACCAGAGGAACUGAGGGCUGCUGCAGAGCAGGCUGCCAAGGCUGCACAAGGUUAAAUAUUCUCUCAUAAAGGUUCUAGUCUAUAACUGAAAUGAAUUCAUGACAGAGCGUAUUUAUUCAAAGCAUUUUCUCAUCCUAAUGUCAAGGACUACAAUUCUGCAAACAAGUUUAAAAAUCAAAAUCAAUUCUGUAAAGGAACUUUCUGAGAUAGAAAUGAUCUUACUAGAGAAUGAGGGAAUUUUGCAUCUCAUUAUAUAUUAUAUUUUUAUACAUAUUUGAAAAUAAAAAGAAAUUGUUACGGA